UCGUCUGCUCUUGAGCUCUGGGCUGCAGUGCGCUAUGCCGAUCGGGUGUCCUCACUAAGUUCGUCAUCAAUAUGGUGACCUCCCGGGAGCGGGGGACCACCAGGUUGCCUAAGGAGGGGUGAACUGGCCCAGGUUGGAAACGGAGCAGGUCAAAACUCCCGUGCUGAUCAGAAAUCUGCAUUUUACUGUGUGCCUCAGAUGACAUGGUUUAAUGUAGUCUUCAGAGUUAAUUUUCGUCUUAACAUUUAUCUCUGCAAGCUCAAAUGUAACUGGCAGGGGGGUGUCAGGUUGGAGUCCUUGUAGAUUCCUCCUAGCUUUGUGACUUUUAAGCUAUUAAUAAUUGAUCUCUUGUUCUGACCUGCAAAACAAGGAUGGCAGUGUUGACUGCAGUGCCUCCCUCACCGGGUGCUUGUUGACAUCAGAUGAGCUGAGAACCAGAAAAGGUGACCACAGCGUUAGAAAGCGCUGCUUGGUUCUUCGGAUUCAGUUUGAAGUUUAUGAUCAGAAAAGCUUAGGCCAGGGUUUUUGUAUCCUGAGAAUUCAAGUAGGAGGUUCUUCAGAUAGGCUUUGAGUAUUUUGUAAAAAUUACAAGUAACAAGUUCUAAUUUUUUUUAUUUUCCCCCCAACUUGGACAAUUGAUGAGUGCAGCUCCUUUCUUUUGAGAUUAUCAUUUUCAUCCCUUUUUUUCCCCCAAGUGAAAUCAUGGUCUAAACACACCUUUCACCUUUUUCUUUUGAAGGAAGAUUCAGUGAUUCAGUAAUUCAGAUUCAUUGAUUUAAAGAUAAGUGUUUUCUUCAGGAUAUAAUGUAUUGGAAAGGAAGCAGUUUCAUUUCGCUAUACCAAGAUAAGUAUAGGGAAGUUUUUCUUUAAGGAUUGUUUUGAGAUUUGGUAUGAACAACUCCUUUUGUGAUGGUUACCAUAGUUCAGCAUAGUCUACAAACAAAACCUUAGCUUUAGGCCUGAUCAGCCUGAUCAGAUUAGCUUGCUAGUAUGUGGGUGACCCAAAUCUGACUGCUACCAGCAGAGUGGAAAUGAUUGCUUUGAGCCAAGCUGAACCUGAGCCUGAGCCUGUCUGUGGUCAGUGUUCUGAAUCACCAGUCAUUUUGCUGGUCUGGCACUGUUGCCAUUGAUUUAAAAUCAGGCGUAUAUUGUAGUUUUGAAUUCAUACAUUACAGUUACAGAGUUUUAAAACCUGAUGAGUUCAUGUUUAUUUCGGACACUUGCUGCUCUUUUCUCAGUUUUCACAUGUGAGAUUUGAGUAUGCAGAGUCCUUUUCUGAAGGAAAGCCCACAGAAGAAUUCUGUGCUUUUACACUGAACCUGACCAUUACCCCACAUGCCUUCAGCCAGAUUGUUAAGCAGCUAUAAUUUGUGAAGGUCUGUUUCCCUUUUGGCUUAAUCUGAGUUGGAAAGCAGUGUUACCUUAGCCUAGCAUACAGCUUUCUGUUGAGGUUGUGGUCAGGUUGCUUCACUAAUUUCGUUAUCUAGAUAAGCAGGUCUAACCUUAGAGUUGGAAUUCUGGGCCCCUUAUUCCAGGACUAUGUAUAUAUACAUAUAGAAAUUUAAAAAAUUAAAAUAACCUAUAUUUCUUUUGAAUUGGAGGCUCCGAGGUUCUGAAAUAUGAAAUGAACGUAGCCUUCACAAACAUGUUUCUGGGGGUAGGGUGAGAAAAAAAAAUCUUUAUCUUGUGAUCAUAGGAAGAGCAAAGCAAGUUAGCCAUCAAAGCCUAGAACUUCGUAAAUGGCAUUGAGAGACAGAAUUACAGAGUGAUCUGUCAGCAGUUUGAAAUUCUUACCUUUAAAAUUCAGAAAACAAAUUGUCCCUUCUUCCUGGACGACUGAAUAUUUUUCACGGUGUGUGUAGGAAUUGGUGAGGCUAGGCUGGAUGCAGGUAUGAAGAAGAGGAGAAAGAGCAAUUUACUGUAUUUGCUGAUGUUUUUAAUUUUCACUUCUAGUGGGAGAAUGAGAUUUGGGAAGCUGGUAGUGAGGUUCAGUCCACCAGGGUAGAUCUUAACAAAAGCUGUCUUUAUGUCUCUUACUAGUUUCCAGCAGGGACAAAGAUGGGUUUCUUAAGACAACCUUCAUGGAUGAUUCACAAACUGCAGUGUAGACUAUUAUAAAGUUAAGCCAGGCUCAAGCGUGCAAGUGGGUGGACUGAAUAUACAAAGGGAGUAUGUGUCUGGAGCCCUUUUCUGAUCUUUAUCAAGAUGGACGAAGGAGAAGUGCUGUGAUCAGGAAGCCAAGGGCCAGGAGUUGAGACCAGUGUCCUCUUCCAGGCCCUGCAUCCCUGGUCUGCAGAGCUUUUCUUUGCCUCAGUUAGGAGAUGAGUGAGGAUGGUUUCCCUGGGAUCCCUUCUGAGCCAGGAAAAAUUACUUAGAUCUGUAAAAGCCAGCAGGAUACCAGAGCCAGAAAGAGUGGGAGGCCAGGUUUCAUCAGUUAAACAAUUUUGGUUCAAAAAAAAGCACAAUGUUUUUCAGCACCAAUGACAUUUUGUGUGUGAAAUUUUGAAAAAACUCGCACUGACAAUGAAAUGGUUUGUAAAGUGUACAUCCUUUUGUGUUUUAAUAAAAGUUUUGACCCUGAAAGACAGGUGAAAUAAAAAGUGGCUCAACACAUGAGUUUGGCUCUCUCUCGCCCCCGCCCUCCCCCCAUAGGCUGCAAGCUGCAGGGAGAGCUUUGCUAAUAUAGCCAUUCCUGGCCCCCCAUAUAGUGCAGGAAUCGAAAUGUAUUGUUUCCAGAUCUGUCACGGUUUAUCCUUGUCUAAUCUUGAGUGACCUUCAGAUUUCUUUCCUCUCUUGCUUGCUUCACAGUUACUUUAUCACCUUCUUAUUUUAUAUUUCUCCUGAUCGGGCUCAUUUAUAUAUUUUGGAGUAGUUCUAAUGAUUUUAAGAUCCAGCAUACCUCAGGGUCAUCUGGGUUUUUCGCAUUCUAAAGGUUUCUCACCUGAUAUUGCCUUUUUUUUUUUGUAUUUUAUGUGUUUUUCUACAAAAUAAUGUGAGUUAAAUAUGUGUAAUUAUAUAUGACUGCUGUUUUUACUUUGAAAUUUAAACGCUACCAAGAAGAAUGGAAUAAACUUUUUUUUACAGGUAGCUGUAGGCAAAUCCCAGCUUGCCCCUGUGUGUGCCCCUCCCUUCCUACUAAUUUUAAAGGCGGAGAGAAGAAACAAUUAUGUUGAAUGAAAUAAAGUUAUUUUAAAAAAAAUUCCCCAAGCAUCUGUAGCUCUCUUGACUUAAUUUUUGUUUUUCAUUCUUUUUUGGGAGGAAGUGGGUAAGUAGGUGGUAAACUGCCCAAAGAAGCUGCUAUUUUCUUUUUUUGAAGCUACUGUUUUCUUGAAUCAUGAGUGGUAUUUUGAAAUCUUUGGUAUUUGAACUGGGAAUUCUUUCUGGCAGUGGGGUGUGGUGGGAAGAGCAUUGUUUUAAGUGGCAUGUGAGCUGAGUUGUUGGUCUCAACUGAAGGUGUAAUCUUAACAUUCAUUAAUCCUCUGGGUCCUCUGCAGUUCCCAACAGUCACUGGCUUCUGUCUUGUUUAUUUGAUUUUGAAAAGGAAAAAGCCUCUCCUUAGCAUCAAGUUGCACCUUAAAGCUUUUGAUACAUUUUAUAAAGCUGAGGAUACAAGUUUUCACUUUUGUUAGCUUUAUUAAGGAAUAAAUUUUUUUUAAAAGUAUGUUAGGAUACAACUUUUAUUUAAAAUUAAAAAUAUUGUUUUGGGCCACACCGUGAAUCAUGAGGGAUCGUAGUUCUCUGAUCAGGGAUUGAACUUGAGCCCCCUGCAUUGGAAAUGUGGGGUCUCAACCACUGGACCCCCUAGGGAGGUCCCAGGAUACAAUUUUGGACAUUUUAAGAACCCACAGUGGUAAAGCUGAAGAGAGCAGAGUUGGUACCACUUCUGAGCAGAGCUCAGAAGGGCCACCUUCCCUGGAUGAGUCAGCCGUGUCCUUGAGUGCCCUUGAAGCCUUCCGGCAGCACCCAUCACAUCUCCAGUGUUAGGGAGCAGAGUAGGGUCUCCUUGGCAUUGGCAAGUGAUGCCUGAACUUGUAGGCAUUGAGUAGGACUUCUCUCCAGGAUUGUUUUGUACAGAGGUUUUAUUUAGGAGAUUUUUUUUUUUUUUCUUCAACACCUUCCCUCCUGCUUCUGUUUUUAAAUGAGUUACUGGUUAUCAUGAUUUUAUUCUUUUUAGGUGGGGGUUUUCUGAAGUUUUUCUUACCUAAAAAAUGGAAUGCAUCUUAACUAAUUUCCCUGUUCUCAUGUUUCUUGUUUGGGAAGGAAAAUGAUACUGUGAAUGAAUCUAGCAUACCCAUGUAAAAAAUGUGGAUAAACAUGGACAGCUGUAAGUAGAAAUGAUAACAUUGGAUUGGAAAAUGAAAGCCUCAAGUCAAAAAAACAGUGGGGAACAGAUGUAGCACCAUCAGCCUUGUUUCUGUUUUUUCUUUUUUUUUUAAUUUUAAAUAAACCCUUCUAGUUUAUUAAUACCUAGUUUAAUAAAACUGGUUUAAAAGACCUGCGUCUUUUAUGACAUUUCAUUGAACCACUUUACUUCUCAUGUUUUACAAUAUGAUGAAAUCUUUUGUCUUCACUGUUGAUGAAAUGGGAGCAGGAAUUUUUUUCUGUCUGCGGGUGGUCUCUAUGUGGUGAAGGUCUGGGGAGGGGGGUCUUGGCUUGGUGGUCAGUUAACAUUUUGGUAACAUCUAGGUGAUCAUGAAAUGUGACUCAGCGUGGAAUCCGUGUCCCUGUUUGAAUUCUCCCCCAAGAGAUUUACCUUUGGCCAACUGAUGUUGCUGAAUUGUGCCAGGGGCAAGACUGAACAGUGCUGCCUCAAGUCCAGGCCUGCCAUGAAGUCUGGGUUUAUAAGACCCUCGUGUUACACACAUUUCUCUUGUCACCUUCCUCUGUUUUGGAGCUCGGGAUUUCCCUGGUGGUCCAGUGGUUAAGAAUCCUCCGUGCAAUGCAGGGGACACAGGUUCAGUCCCUGGUUGGGGAACUAAGAUCCCACCUGCCACAGAACAACUCAACCCACGUGCUGCAACUCCUGGAGCCCUUGAGCUACAAUAACUAGAGCCCUCGAGCCACGACUAAGAGAGUUGGUACGCUGCAACAAAAGAUCCCACCAGUGGCAGUGAAGAUCCCGCGUGCUGCAACUAAGACCCGAUGCAGCCAAAUGAAGACUUGGAGCUUGUGCAGCUCAUGUUAAGAGGGCUGCUGGGCCUUCCACUGUCUCCCAACUGUGGGGCCAGUUGGCCUUCUGGAUUUAUCGUUAGACUUGCUGGCAGUUUUCCAUGGUUUCCAUGGCAGGUGGGUUCUCUGUGCUGCCUUUGUCCUGUGGAUCAUCCUCCACUCAUGUUUGUCCUGGCUGCAACUACUGGAGCUCCUCCUGUCGGCUGUCUGCUCUCAGCUCAACUUCAUCAAUAAUAAGAAUGUCUCAGAUUGGAGGAAAAAUGGCCGCGUGGUAACUGUUUGUGGGAUGGAUUCUGAUGUUCCAUUUUGUGUUCUGUAUGUGGAAUUCUGUCUCAUUUUCCUGGUUCUAAGUGUGGACAGCUGACUGCAGUCUGUGGAGGCCCUUGGAGUUCCACAGCAACUUCACAGAGGAGCCACUCUGGACUUGGGGGCGGCUGCUAAGAUGUCUCAGUCGAGAAGGAAGUUGAAAACCGAUAAGUCUCCGUUAAAUGCAAUGAGCAGUAUUAACUGGGGAGAGCAGAUUGGGUCAGGGUCGAGACCUGUGUCUUCUGAGGACUUAAAAGACAAGCCUCUGCCUCAAAAGGUGUCCUUUGCAGGUGGACCUGGGAAGAACAAGGAGGUUCUCAGCUCCCCAACACCAUCCAUCUCCGUUAGCCAGACGUCUGACUUCCAAUAUGAGUCUCAGCUGUUCACUGAGGCACACCUGGCUGAGAUGGAGAAGACAUUUCACAGCAAGGUCAACUCGACUGGAGCCCUGGACAUGAAGACUUUCAUUAAGGCUGUGAAGAAGAUUCUGAGCAAUAUGUCAGAAGAGAUGCUGGAGGCGCUGUUUUUGAAGGUGGACUUGAACUGUAACGGCUUCAUCACCUGGCAGGAGUACGUGGACUACGUGAUGCGCGAGUUCCAGGGGAAGGAGAAAAUGAUGAGGGGCCAGUACCGCCUACGCUUCCACCUUCCCAUGAGGAUCAUCCCCCUGAAUCACGGGUGUGAGAUAGUGAAAGUGGAGUUCUUAGUCCAGCGGCUCAAGAAGAUUGGGCAUUUCCUGACUGUCACCAAGGACGGCAUCCUGCAGUUCUGGUCAGAGUCUUUCAUGCUGACCAGCUCCUUCAGGCUUUACCAGAUCCAUCCGUUCCACAGCCAGCAGAUGUGGGUCAUUGACAUGGUGUGUCUGCACAACAUGAACCUGGUGGCCAUUGCGUCCACGGACCAGAAGAUAGAGUUCUUUGAUAUCAGUAGCCACAAAUGUGCCCGGGUCUUCACCUUCACCGAUCUGGACAGCUGCGUCCUGACUAUGAACUACUGGUCGGACUAUCAUAGGGCUGUGUUCUGCUAUGGGGACACCAAAGGCAAUGUCAUCAUCUUCACCUCUGAUGAUGUGACCACCGGGCUCUUCAACCCCCGAGUCCUCCCCAGGACCUCCAAAUGGGAUAACUGGACCAACGUUUCUACCCAGAGGCUUCUAAGUGAGAAGUCCCCUAUGUAUAGAAGUUACCGGCUGAAGGCUCUCCACCUCAACUGGUGUCAACAGGUCAAGUUCAUCCCCCAGCUGAACCUGGUGGCUUCCUGUUCAGCCAUUGACAAGUCCUCUCUGGUGCUGACAGUGCUGCCAUCCAAAGUCCCAGAGAGCCUCAAGGUUUCAGUGCUGAAUUUGAGAAAAGGGAUUCUUUGCUUUGAUUAUUGCCCAGGAAAGAACGUCCUGGUGACUGGUGGCUAUGACCCCCUCAUCCGCCUGUGGAACCCCUUCUUCUCAAGAAAGCCUGUGUGGAUGAUGAAGGGGCAUCAGACUUCGGUGACACACAUCGUUGUGAACAACAAGGACAACAGCAUCCUUCUCAGCGUCUCCAAGGACAAGAAUAUUCGCGUAUGGGACAUGCAAGACUACCAAUGCCUUCAGUCCUUCUGCGGGAAGCAUUUUGCCCUGGGACAUUGCCCCAUCACCAGCAUCUAUUUCCACAAAGAGGACAAUUCGCUCAUCUGCAGCACCUAUUCAAUUGGAAUCCUGAAAGGGUACCUGGAGACACACGGGCCUGGGAGAGCAGAGGAGAAGACCACGACCUACAGCACGCCCCUGUGCGCUGUCCUCUACAGCAAGGUUUUCAAGCAGGUGGUGAGUGGCUGUCUGAGCGGCAUGGUGAGUGUGUGGGAGGUCGUGACAGGCAGGAGGCUGAUGGAGUUCUCAGUGACGGGGGACCAGCAAGUGGAGCUGACCGCCAUGUCCCUGGAUGAGUCAGAGGGGUGCCUGCUCACGGGCCUGCGUGACGGCACCGUGAAGAUGUGGAACUACAGUGUUGGCGAAUGCCUGCUGACCUUCCCCAAGGCGGACCAGUUAGAGAUUAGUGGGAUUGUCCACAUGAACAAAGUGUUCUACACGACUGGAUGGAGUAAGAGAAUCACUUAUUACACGUUCCACAAGAUCAAGCCGGUGCUCUUGUGCUACCACUGGCAGACCUUCCACACGGAGGAUAUCCUGAGCAUGGCCAAGUACCAGAACCAGUUCAUCGCCACCUCCUCCUACAAUGGGGACAUCCUGUUCUGGAACAUCGGCACCUUCAGGCCCAUCCUCAAUUUCAACGCCUCUCAGAGCCCCUUGCCCUUGCUGCCCAAGAGGGUGAAGGAUGUGGACGACUGUGUGUUCAAUAGCCACAGGCCCAGCAAGCCCUGUGUCGAGCAGGAGAAGUGGGCUUACAAGCCGCACCCGCAGCCCCCAGGCCUCGGCACGAAGGCCACAGUUGAUGCCAACCCGCGGCGGAACCUGAUGUCAGCGCCUCCAGUGAUGAGAGACCCCAGAGACAAGGAGCCGGCAAAGCCAGUGCCCCUAAAGAAACCUCUCAGUGCUAACAGCCUCAGUCAGUCAAGAUUAUCCCUUGGCAGAUACUUAACUCUCAAAGAGGUUGAAAGGAAAAAAGCAGACUUCCAGAAGACGAUGUUGCUGCAGUCCAAUGCAUCGGUGGAGAAGAUAAUCUUCUUACAGACCAGGCCCCGCUUGCCGCACUCGGCGGCCCUGCUGAGCAGCUGCAUGGACGGUCACAUCUAUGCCUGGUCCAUCCACGGGAGCGGAGGCCUGCUGGGCAAGUUCCCUGUGGACGCUGUAGACAAGGGGGACGUGGUUGUGGGUGCCAUGGCCACGGAUCAGAAUGACUGGAUUCUUGUCACAGGGGAUUGCAAAGGAUGCAUCAAGAUCUGGGACAUCAAGGAUUACUGCGCACAUUCUGACAAGCAGACGAACCAUCCUAGUGAUAUCAACAAGUUUCGGUUCUUAAUUUCUGAACGGAUUCAGGUCAGCCUCCCAAACUACAGUCACCCGGAGGAGAAAAAGGUUGAGGCCGGCCAGACCAUUUCCCUGAUUCCACCCCAGCUUCUGGUUACCUGGAAGGCCCAUUUGGAUAGUGUGGCAGACAUCCUAUACGUGGACAGCCUCCAGCUGGUUAUCAGUGCUGGCCAGGACCGGGAUGUCAAGGCUUGGAAACUCUCUGGUGACGCCAUUGGGACGUUUGGCCUGAGUGUUUGGAAAAGGCUGCAGGAUACCCCAAUGAUGACUGAUGGCGAACUAAAUGAAAGAUUAAAGAAGGAGGGUGACUUCUUCAGCCCCAGUGAGAAGACUUUCCAUCUAGAGCUGCAGGAGGAGCGAGAUCUUGCUGAGGCCCUGAUGUACCAACGGCGGGAGCAGGUAGUCCUCUUGGAUCUCCUGAAUGGGAAGGCAGACACGGAGGCUAAAGCCUGGGCCAGGCUGCAAAAGAUAACCCCGACAUCCCCAUGGAUUGGAAAGCGCUCCCCGGAAGACAUUGAGGAUACCUGGUGCAAGUGGGAAUCCAAGGGCAAGCAGGUGAGCAAAGUCCUAGGAGCAGCAUACAAACCCAAGGAGAGGUCACGGAGCCCCGGACUCCUGUUUACCAACGUGCAGUACGGCUGGAUGAAGCACCAGAUCUCACCUCAGAUCUACCAGAGCCUGCACUUCAAUGAGCUGGCAUCCACCCAGAACCCUGCCUUCAAGAUGCAAAAAGUCCUGGACCAGCAGAGCUGGCUCACCCUCCUGGUGACCCAGCGCAUCCAGAAGGACCUGGGUCCCUACAGGGAGACCGCGCCUGAGCAUCCGGCCAGCCCGACCACCACCACGGCCUCCUCUCCCUCCUCAGCCUCGCUGUCAGCCUCGGGCUCCAGGCUCCUGGCGUCCGGCCUGGCCCCGUCCUAAUGGUCCCAGCCCUCCCGAUCCUUAUUGCAGCCCCCGUCUGCCCCCGCACCCUGUCUUCCCCCGCGGACCUGUCCCAGGUAUCCCGGCACGUCCUGCAGAGACCGGUGACCUCCCUGCCCCAUGGCCCCUCCCUCAGGCUGCUCUCCAGGCCUCUGAAGGCCCACCUUCUGUCCUCCUACAUCAGGCUGUGAGGUGCCCUGUCCCCUCUCCAGUCCGCCAGCAGGGCCAUCAGGCUCAUGAGGCCCUGUCUGUCCCUGGCUUACCCUUUGCCAGGCCCAGAGGGUACAGACCUCGCCCUGGCUCUCCCCACUCUGCCAUCUGGUGAAGUCAACCUUCUUUGCCAGAGUCCUGGAGAGGAAAAUAAAUGUUCUCAGAUGUUU